AAUUUUUAUUAUUUUAAAUGAAAGCUACGUUAUUUUGAACGAUAACAUUUCGCUGUAUAUUUCACCUCGUCUGGCCUUGCGGUAAGACUUUCUUUCACCAACAUAACCUGUUGAUUGCAUUAUGAUUCGAAAUAUUGUUGUGACAACUAGGGAAUUAAUAUUAAUCCUAAAAUGUUUAUGACCAGAAUACGAUAAUGCCAAGCUAUCCAUUAUUAUUAAUGUGUAUAUAGGAAUGAUGUAAUGCUCAAUCGAGAUUGUUGCUUUGGGUAAACUUCAACAAAAAAGGAUCAUAUGUUGUUAAUGAAUAAAAAAAGGUUGAAAAUAAUGUACAAACAAAUUUCAUUUCCAAUUGACUGCAAUCAUUUGUAAGAGAUGAAAUUUAUAGGAUAUAAAUUGUAGAUACAUUUCCCAAACAAUCUAUUAUUAAUAGGGUCUAUUAUUCUAUACAAACAAGACUUCUAUAAAAUAACUUUUAUUUGUAUUUCCUGAGUGCUGUGCGCCAUCAAUUGAUGGUUGUACUGUUUCAUAGUUUUGCUUGUUUGUGAGUUCCAUCACGUCCUCUGUCAUCGUUUGAAGUGGGCACUCAUCUGCGCAACUGCGAUGCACAAUCGAACUAAAACCGAUCCCAGAAAAUUCGUCGGUCGGAGUAAAUAAAAAAGUGUAACUGGCCAGUGCACGACGAAGCUCCUGCUGGAACGAUUCGAGAUAAAAUAUAACAGUUGGCUGGAGAUAGUGCUCGAGUUCAAACGUACAUAUACUCUUCAAAAUCAUUUUUUUAAUCCAAAAGUGUAAAAUUGCAGCUAUGACGUUAAAAAAGCAUCCUGGUGAAAGUAAUCCAUACACCGCGGUAGAAUGAUUACCACUACCAAUAUAAUAAGAAAUCUGCAAAGGCGUGAACAUUUCUUAAUUAACCGGAACGUUCGUGUUCAACGUGAUUGAGACUUCUUGCUUAUUUGAGGAAUUUAACCUUAACUGGUUUAUGUUAACAUAUAUCGAUUUCAGCUAAAUUUAACAAAAGAACCAUGGUUGAAAAAAAUAAUAUCAAGUCAUACCAUUUAUUUCGGAGUGAUCAGUACCUAUCUAAUAUGAUAGACCCAAAAAAAAACAGAGCACCGAUUAUUCCAUUAAACUCUCCACACAUGGCUCAAACUCAUUUCUAUUUCAAUGAAUCAACGUCUCUUUCGUCACAAAUAUUCUUCCCAAAAGUAAGCUCAGAAAACUAUAAUACUACUGGUAUUAAUACGAGUACUUCCUACACAGUUCAUAUGAAUGAAUUGAAUAACGACUCGACAUACAGUUACUAUAAUUGCCUAGCAUCAGAAGGAAACACGUCUUACUUGAAUGUGUCAUGCGAAACCAUUCUCAAUUAUAGCAUUCCGUUGUAUGGAUAUUGUAUACCCAUACUUUUGCUGGUUACCCUUACAGCAAAUUCUUUAAUAAUUAUUAUCCUCAAUAAAAGAAGCAUGGCGUCACCAACAAAUUGUAUUCUUAUGGCAAUGGCUCUUUGUGAUAUGUUUACCCUUCUUUUUCCGGCACCUGGUUUGAUAUACAUGUAUACAUUUGGAAACCAUUACAAACCAUUGUCUCCUGUAAUAGCGUGCUAUGUUUGGAAUGCUCUGAAUGAGAUUCUACCUGCAAUGUGUCAUACUGCAUCAGUAUGGCUUACAUUAGCUUUAGCUGUGCAAAGAUACAUAUACGUUUGCCAUGCACCUGCCCGAAAUUGGUGUACUAUUCCUAGAGUAAAAAAAUGCAUUGCUUAUAUCUGUGCUACUGCUUUUUUACACCAAAGCAGUAGAUUUUUCGACAAGUCUUAUAGUCUAAUAACAAUAAUGUGGAAUGGCCAAAUAACAAACGUAUGUCAUGUUGAAACAGCAAAUUGGAUACACAAAUACACCAGCGAAGAUUUUUAUUACACAUUCUAUUUUUCCUUUCGUAUUUUAUUUGUCCAUUUAACACCCUGUGCCAGUCUCGUAGCUCUAAAUGUUUUCCUUUUUAGGGCCAUGAAACAAGCUCAAAAGAAGAGAGAACGGCUUUUUAAGGACAACAAGAAACGUGAAUGUAAACGGAUCCGCGAUUCUAACUGUACUACUCUUAUGUUAAUUGUUGUGGUUACCGUCUUCUUAGUUGUAGAAAUACCACUAGGUGUUAUUACAGCACUUCAUAUUAUAUCAUCUCUCAUUUACGAAUUUCUUGAUUACUAUGUUGCUAAUUUGUUUAUUUUGUUCGCUAAUUUUUUUCUAAUAGUCAGUUAUCCAAUUAAUUUCGCGAUUUAUUGCGGAAUGUCGCGUCAAUUUCGUGAGACAUUCAAAGGAAUAUUUGUUCAAUCAGAUUCUCAAAUCAAAAUAACAAAAGAAUAUGGUUCAUCGAAGUAUUCGUUAGUAAAUGGACCGAGAACCUGUACAAAUGAAACUGUGAUUUAACUGUGGUUAGAUAGCAGGUGUACCAGUGUAAAUUAGUACGAAAAACUAGCAAACUUUUAUUAGUGUUUUUUUUUUUAAUAUUUUGGUCCAUGUAUUUCAUUAAAGUUAAUUCGUUAAUAUAAUAACUAAGGUCUAUAAAUUAUCAUGCAAAUCAAACGAUCAAGGAGACUACCAGCCACUUUCCCAAACUCGAUCGUAGAGGAACGAUGGUAGCAGUUCCGUAGAUACAAUGGUUACUUCAAUUUUUGUUUGUUUUUGUUUGUGUUUGUAAUUUGAGUAUCCUGGACAGUUAUGCAUACAAUAUGGCAAAAAGUUGAAAACAAAUCCAAGGAAACCACCAUUUUAUGUAGUUUUGACAAUCGUUCCCGAAUUUGAUCGAGUUUGGAAAAGUGGCUGUGCGAUUUUUCACUAUUUGGCUUAAAAAUAUCGUGAAUUAUAAAUAAAUAAAAAUAACUUCUUUUUUUAUUCAGAAGACACGUCUUUACCGUAUUGCUUAGAAAAAAAAAUCUGUAACAUCUACAAAUUGAAAUACAAAAACAUUUACUGUAGCAAGCUGUUUGGUCAAACCACUCCGAAACGCCUUGAUGUGAUCCUUUGGUAAAUUGUGAAUAUGUUUUACAGGUACAGGCCCAAAGAAACAUUUUGGACCUAGCUUGAACAAAAACUGGGCUGUCUUGCUCUAUCUUCUAUACCGCACCUCCCAAACGACCAAAACGCGAUGAAUGGGUAAAACUAUGGACGUGAGAUGGGGCCCUAUCUCAGUACCCAAACUGAUACCCAAAGGCAGACAAUUUUGGACUUAUUUUUUGAGAAAGAGCAAAAAAGCUGAUGCUUCAGCCUCUUCUCCCACUCUCUAGAAUUUCAUAUGUAUGAAUUCCAGGUGAAGGGGAAAGGGGAGGAGAUGUAGCAAGUGAAUUAAAUUGACGAGGAGAGGGGAGACACAUUCAUUCACCAGUCACCGCCAAUAUCGAGAAUUUGAUAUUGACCGGCGGUGUUUGCAAAGGCUCCCG